UCACUUAUUCAUAAGAUGAAAAUUUUCUUACACGUAGAUUUUCGUCUUGGCUGCUUUCAGAAUCCCGUUUGUGCAAGUGAUUUUAUGUAAAAUUUGUGGAAAUUGUAUCUUGUUACGACGUUUCAGCAGUAGUACAAAACUUUUUCCGUUUUUGGGAUAAUGAUCGCCUAAAAGGUGCUUCACAUGCGACAGUGGAAAUGUUCAAAAAGUUGAAGGAAAAAAUCACCGAAGAGGUGAAGCAAUCGCCACAAAGAUUGGAACAAUUGUCCAAGGGAUUACAGGCUGCUGUUAGUUCGGCUUCUUCAACAACGUCGGAAAUAUCCGGGAGCGAAAAUUUUUUCAGCAUCACAGAAGAUGAUACGCCUCAAAAUUCUCCUUUCCGCAAAUCACAAAUCAACCUGAAUAGCGGUUCCAUCACCAGUACUCCGGUUCAACAAAACCAAAUCAACAACACGCUGGGUAACAACAGCGCUUCUUCGGGAUCGACAUCUAAUACAUCAACCAUCAGUAGUAACAGCAUCAACAAUAGCGGAAAUUCUUACGCGUCCAACCUGACUGGGGCAAGUGUAGCCAACAACAAUAGCAGUAGUAACAAUGGCGUUUCGCCAACCGUCAACAGACUCCGGCGGUUGUCCAACUCGUCGAUGGCAAGUGAUGUGUCGUUUCGUUUGCCAGCCUAUGAUUCCCCUGCAAUCUACCACCUCGAAACCGAUAUCGACGUAUCUGCCAGUGAAACAGAAUCAGUGUCCGGUGCAGCGUCGACUAAUGGGCAGUUGGAUCUGGUGAGCAAAGACAAGCUGUUUCAGGCGUACAAAAAAGCCCUGGAUCGAUACCAGAAGUACCGGGAGCGGUAUACCGAACUAGCCCGGCGCUAUCGGGAACUGGAGAGGGAUAACACAAAAGCACGCUCGGUGCUGGUGGAGACACAGGAUAAGGCACUGCGACGAAUCAGUGAACUACGUGAGCAAUGUUCGCUAGAACAACAAGCAAAAGCGCACCUGGAUUCGGCUCUUCGGAUGGAAAUUGACGAACUGCAGUGUGUUGUAAAAACAUUAAAAACAAAAUUGGAAGCCGUAGGGGACCUUCCUGAUGGGAGUGGCAGAAGCGACGAAAAAGAUUUGAUAUCCCUAUCCGGUGAUGAUUCCAUUAAUUUGAGUGAUAAAAUAAAUUCGUUGGAAGUCAAACUAGCGGAGGAGAUAAAAUUAAAAGAGUCUCUGUAUUUAGAGCUGAAUUUGUUGAAAAAGCGAGAAGAGGAACAUGUGCUUACUGUGGCGGAAAAUAAAAUGGCCAUUCAUUCCGAGCUAGAAAGUAAGGAAUCAGAGGUCCGGAAAUAUAAAGAACAACUGGUAAGCGUUGAGAAGAACAUGAAACAGGUGUUGGCCGAGAAGGAUGGCUUGGGAAAAGAGGUUUCAGAGCUAAAAAGUAAACUAACGGCGGCGGAGAAGAUUGCAUCUAAAGUGAAGGAUCUUGAAGCUACCAUCGGUACCUGUAACGAGCAGAAAAAUAAGUUGGAAUCAAAAUUUGUAGAUUUCGAGAAAAAAAUCCUUGAGCUGGAAAAAGAAAAGCAUCGCAUAAACACGGAUUGUCUGAAUUUGGAAAAGGAAAAAGAAAAUCUAUCUAAAAAAUUAACGGAUCACGAGGCGAACCUUGAGAAAGUGACUUUAGAAAGAGAGCUCUCGUUAGCAAAGAUAGAAGAGCUCGAAAAUUUAAUGAAAAACAUGAGUCCGUCAACGGAAACCGAAGCUCUUCGGCAGCAAAUUACAGAUUUAUCAACGAGCAAGGAUGCUCUGGAGCGAACAGUUUCUGCAUCGCUGGCGGAACUAGACAGUUACCGAGUGAAGCUAAACGAAUCUGAUGAAUCGAAGCAGAAUCUGGUUGCAUUGCAAAAAUCAGUAGUCGAAAAAGAAAGCACAAUCAAAGAACUUCAAGAUCAGCAUAAACAGCACGAUGGCAAUCUUAAGGCAUUGAGUCUCGAUUUGGAAACGGCCCGAAAAAGCUUGGACGAUAAAAAUAGAAAACUAAUUGAGCAGGAGGAUGAAAUUUCCAAAUUGAGGAAAACCAUUUCUAUGGACCAGGAGAGGUUGGCAGAAGUAUCUAAAGCACUUGAUGCUCAGAAAGAGCUGCACGAUCGCGAUCGUGCCAGCAACGAAGCUAGCUUGAAAGAGGUAUUUGAUCAGAAUAAUCAUCUGACAUCCGAGUUGAAACAGUUCAAAGAUAAGCUGGAGAAGGUGAACGCAAAGUUCAAGAAAAUAACAGAAGAAAAAGGUAGCCUUAAAGCACAGAAUGAGCAGUUGCAUUCGGAUAUCAAAAGUUGCAAACAGGAAGUGAAUGGUCUAUUGCAACAAAAAGCUUCCCUCGCCGAGGAAAUUCGGAACGUGAAAAUAAUCAACGAGAACUCAGAAUCAGAAGCCCUGCAAUCGCUGCAGGAAUCGAUGAGGGUAAGUCUAGCGCAGGCUGAAGAACGUUUACUGGAAGCAACGCGUGAUUUGAAUGAUGUUAUCGAGCUGAAGUCUGAGGAAAACCGACGACUGUUGGAGGAAAAAGAUGAACUGAUGGAGAAACUGGACGGAGCUCAGAAAGAGAAAGAUGAUCUGGCAACGGAAGCAGGCAGUCUGAAGUCGAAGGUUGAGUCGUUGCGAAAUGAGAAAAAAGAUUUGGAGAAAACGCUUGAACGAGAAAUUCGUGAAAAGACUGAGCUUAAAGCUCAGGUCACCAAUAUUUUGCAGGAAAUUGGACGCCUAGAAGAUCAGUUGAAAGACGUCAAGAACUCUCAUUCUAGCAUCUUGAACGAAAAACAAUCACUGGAGGAAAAGAUUGAACGAUUGCAGCGCCAGCAUACCGAAGCCCGCAGCAAAGCAGACAAGGAUUCGAGCCACAAAUGGCAAACGAAAGUGAAGGAAAGUGAAACCAAGCUACAGCAGGUGGAGUGCGAAAAUUCACAGCUGGCGGAGAAGAAUUGUCUGCUGGAGGAAAGCAAUCGACGAACUUCCGAAGAAAUCAAGAAACUCCAGAUGGCUUUACAAGAGGCUGAAUCGGCGUUGAAACACGAGAAAAAGAAAACAAAAGACGCGAACGCAAAUGCGGAAGAGUUGAAAAAGAAAUGUCAAGAAUUGGAAGAAAAAAUCAAAUCUACUGCCGAACAACUGAGUCAGUGCGCUGGAGACCACGCAAAACUGUUCAAUGAAAAGGAGCUUCUUGAUCACCAGCAUCGUUCGCUCCAAGAUGAACUGGAGGCCAAAGAAAAGGAAAAGUUGUGCGUUCUAGACAGCAAUAAGUGUGCGAUGGAAGAACUCGCUCAAUUGAAACUGUCUAGUCGAUCACUGGAGGAAGAGAAGCUAAAGUUAACCGAAGAGUGUGAUGCAUUGAAAGUGGAGAUUGAAAAAGUGCGGUCGGAAAACGACUACCUUAAAAGCAAACAAGGUGAACUGAAAGCGAAGUUUGAAAAAGAAAAACAAGCUGUUCAGGAGCAGAACAAUGCCCUGCACAGUGAAAUUGAUUCCAUGAAAAACAGUAACCAAAAUAGACUGGUAGAGCUUGAAAGCUUGAUAAAGAAAGCAAACGAAGAAAAACAGUCAUUCAGCAAAAAUGCUACCGAUUUGGAGAAAAAACUAGAAAACUACGAAGAGAUUAAAAUCGAGAACGAAUACCUUAACACUUUGAUAAAGCAGCUGGAGGGCGAGCUCCACAGCUUAAAGGAAGAGAAAACAAAACUUUUAGCAUCCAGUAAUGGUAAAGAGACCGAAAUUACUGCACUUAAGUUAAAAAUAAACCAACAUGAAUUAGCAGUGGAGGAAAAGGAUCAGGAAAUCAAGAAACUAAUCAAUGAGUUUGUGGGCAAAGAAAACGAAAUGAAAGCGAAAAUUCUGACCCUAGAACAUGGGAAAUCCGAGGCAGAGAAACGGUUAUCGGAAGCUACAACGACCAAUAGUAAAACCCUCGAAGAACUUAAAGUAGAGAAAGCUAAUCAUGCUCAGUUCGUCAGUCAAUCUACGGAAGACAAACGGUCUCUGGAAGCCAAAUUGGCAGACUACGUUCGGUCAGAAGAAGAAAUGAAAAUUAAACUGGAACAAACAAAGACUGAACUUGAAGAAGCUGUCACCAGAGCCGGUACGUCUCAAGUGCAAGAAAUAACCGCACUGAAACAACAGCUAGCAACGGUAAGCGAUGAAAAUAAUCGAUUGAAAUCGGAGCUGAGUGACGUUGCGGAGUUGAGACAACAAAAUGAGAACUAUGUCCGCGAUUUAGAGGAGAUGAAAAGUGAACUGAAUGUUGCAAUGGCAGAAAAACUGGACCUAGUGGAACAGCACUCGACAUUGAAGGAAAAGUUUGAUGCGUUUGGAGUCGAAACGGAGUCUAACGUGCAACGGUUUCAGACAGAAAUCGAGCAGUUACGCAAGCAGACAACCUCCGACGAAGAUCGCGAAGAGAAGGACAAGGCGUUCGACGAGAUGCGCACCCGGAAGGACGAGUUGGAGAACAAGCUGAAAAAGAUUAUGCACGAAGUGCAGGACGUGUCGAAUCGAAACUUGUUCUUGGAGCAAAAGUGUGAAAAUUAUCUCAUCCUGGAGCAGUCCAACGAACGAUUGAAGCUACAGAACGACAAGCUGUCCCGGCAGCUAGAUGAAACGCUGGUAUCUAUGCAUCACAGUGAAGGAAUAACAGCCAACACCGAGUUCGAAUAUUUACGAAACAUUCUGUUCCAGUACCUAAGCGGCAACGUGACCGGCAACAACUCUACGCUGGUAAAAGUGAUCUCGGCGGUACUGAAGUUCACCCCGCAGCAAACUCAAGUCGUGCUAGAAAAGGAAGCCCACCGGCGGUCUUUGAUGGGUCAGAUCAACAAUCUUCUAUAGCAGGAAAAAUCCAACACGGUCCAUCAGCAGCGGUUGCCACCUCGUACUACGUUCUAUCGGUACUACUAGCAUAGUCGCCACCAAACGGAAGAAGGUUUGUGUAAAUACAUGUGUCUCCGCGUCCCUGUGUUUCGAAUGAACUAUGGAGCGUUCGUGUUUCGAGCGUUAUCCCAGAAUUCAGAUACGCAAUGUUUCCGAUUGAUCAAGACUGAACUCGGAACGCAGAAGUUUGGCUGAAUUGCCGAAGUUUUGCUUAGGUAGAGUAUUGAGAAACACACACUCUUCAAUUGGUUCUGAUUAUAGCGUAAGACAUGUGUUCAAUCGGCAAAAUUAAGUAUGAAAGCCCCACCCUCCAAUUUUAUUGCGAAAUGUUACCACGAACAAAGAAACAUAACGACCAUGUUUGUUAGAUGUAUUUAAAUUAUCUGAAUAUUCAAACAGAAUGAUUAGUCUAAUUCGAAGGUAAUCAAAACAUUUAUUUUACGUAACAGAUGAAUCUAGCUUAUCUCCAAUCAUAUGGUUAUUAGCUGAAUACAGUGCAAUUGGCACCUAAUCCUGGAAGGUGGGUUGCCAAUUUUAUCAAAAGUUAUAAACUUAUAACACACUGUAAAGUGUGCUCCAAAACAGGCUCCCUGUAUUCAAAAGAUUGUGAAUUUGGUUUCUUCUUAUAAAACAAUUAGGUAAUGACAUAUAGCUAAUAUCUACAUAAUGAAAUCAAACUAAACACUGUAACUCAAGUAGGAUUAGACAAACGCUACAUCUAGUAUCCUCAAUUCAACAUUUCACCCGGCAAGGCAGUGCAAUUUCCCAAAGUUUGAAACUACUUUAUCGCUUGUGCUAAACUAAGUUAGGUUGUAUUUAACACGGGCCACCCCCCGUCUAUAUUCGUCGUUGUGCAUUUCUUUGUCUGUGACCCUUCGGUUUAUAUGUAUAUUUUUCUGUUGUCUAAUGCUUUUAAUAUGCAAUAAUUGCUGUUAGGGAUAUAGUUUAAUUGUUAGGGUUUGUAACCGUGCUAGCUCUACUGGGUUUUUAACUACCGGCUUUUGAGAGAAAAUGCUUUUAAUUUGUUGUUCGUAGCCAAAAACAAAGGCAUCAAAAUAGAAUGAAAUGAAAUACGUCGAGUGUUGUUUUUGAGAGGAUAUUGUAUAGGGUGUCCCACGAAAAAUGUCGCAAUCAUAAAAAACGGUUUGAUAGUUUUCAAUGAUUAUACAUUUAUUUGAAAGGUUUGAAAUUGAAUUCAUGAAAUUUUUAUGAAAAAUAUUUUUGUUCAAAUGAUCCCCAUGGCUGGCUUGGCAGUGCCAAUGCGAUCCACCCAAUUGUUGAGUACAUUUCCAAUUGUUUCUGGCCUUAUGCCAUCAAUAGCAGCUUGAAUUUCGUGCUUGAGGGUUUCAAUUGUUUUUGGAUGGUUGGCGUAACACUUAUUUUUAACCUCUCUCAAACGAAACUAAUCCAGCGGUGUCAAAUCACAGCCAAAUCACAUCACAAUUUCUGCUGAUUAUUCGAUUUUCAAAGAUUGUUUGCAGAACAUCGAUUGUUUCGUUGGCUGUGUGGCACGUAGCACCGUCCUGUUGAAACCAAAUAUUUUUCAUAAAUAAAUUUCAUUAAUCGACCUUUCAUAUAAAUGUAUAAUCAUUGAAAUCUAUCGAAGCAUUUUUAAAUUGAAGAUUUUUCGUGGGACAGACUUUAGUUUUGACAUGUGAAUCUGGUUGGGAUGAUGUUCGAUACUAUAAUCGCCAUAAACAUAAAUGUUUACCUGAAAGUUGGUUCGACCAUAGUUACUCUGGUCUUGAUUCUGCUGAUUAGAUUUUAGCAUAUUGUAAUAUACAAUGGAUUUUGCAAAAUAAUGCCAUCAUUUAUUUUUUUUUUCGCUUGUGUUUAGCUUCACCUUUUUCAGAGGCAGAAAAUUGCGUGUAGUCUCCGAAAAUAGCAUUAUAUUAGUAUCCCGUAGGGUUUCAGAGUUGCGAGAUUGUAAUGUAAUUUUGCUAUAUUUAUGCCUUUCAUUCAAUUCAAAGUAUUGUUAAUCACAAUCGAAGAAUUUGAAGUAACACAGUUUUUUUUUACAAGAAUGGUUUCACGUUACUUUGAAACGAUAAUCUUGAUACGAAAUACGAACACUAAAACUAUUCCGUAUAGAUAAAAUUAUUAUGAAAAAUAUGUUAUUAUAUACGAACGACAAAACACUGAUGGUGCGAAUGAUAAUAAGUUUUGCAGAUUUAAAAGUUUCUAUCGACGAUUUGGUUCAGUGCAUCUACACACUAACAGCCUAAGCUUCUCUUUGUUUAAUUUCUCUUUUAUUUAUCACGAAAUAUUUUGCGCAAAUUUGUAAAGCUAUAGUACCAAUAGUCAUCGCAUUAGCACAGCCGCCAUGUUUUUUGCCGAUUAUUUGAAUUUCAAUCAACGAAUUGUGAAUUAAUUGGAUACAAUAUCUUUACUUCGGCUCUAAGAAGCAAUACCGCUGGAAAAGUAGUUCGACAAUUGUGCAGUACUUCAGUUAUAGUGACUCGAAAACUCAAUCUAUUUUUAUCUUACCCUGAAGUCAAUCAUAGCACAUCUCACUAAUGAUUUUCUCAUAUGUGAUGCCUACUAGGGCUGAGAAGACUUAAUGCCGUAACCCUAUAGUUUCAAGUAUUAUUAUUAAGACUAUGGCUUUUGCUUGAACACAAUGCGUAGAGUUGAGUGUAGAACAUUGGGGCAAUCUAAUUAUUCGCGAAAGAGAAACUGUCAUUAACAGUUAGGCCCUUUGAUCGUGAAAUUGUUUAAAUGCAAAUCCGUCUCAAAGAGAUUUGUUUUCAUUACAAAAUCUAUCUUAGGCCAUCUGUCAACAUCCACUUUGAAGAGGAAUUUCUGACAAACCAUGACUGUUUCAGUGUUAAUUCUUACAGCGACGAAACCGAAAACAUUUUUUGCCAAAAAGAUUGUCGGUGUGAAUUGAAAAAAUGAAACCUACUAGUGUGCCCCUUUUCUGUCAUAAUUUUGAAUGCUUAUAACUCAGUCAUUUGUUAAUGGAUUUAUAUAAUUUACCUGCCAAUCGAUUAGUACACCAUUGAAAAAAAAAACGGUUUGAAUCGACCUAUGUUUUCACGAGCCAAUCGCAGCAUGCCAAAAUAAUGUCAUCCUCUUGAUACUUCUAACACGGUCGGCAGUUUUGACCGUUGCUUUACAUCAGGCAUUUCAUUCAGUAGCAGUAGUUCUACUUCGGUCGGUGUAGGAAGGCUUCGCGUUAAGCAUAAAAAAUACCGCACCCUUGUGCACCGUAUGAAAUUUUGCACAAAACGGAAUAUAUAAAUAUAUGCUCCGUUACAUUUUGCAGUGUUGCUGCAAUGUCACAAAUUUUCGUAGAUCAACGAAUUCGGAGAUUUUCUACGAUACAACGGAUCCGUAGAAACAAUCUACGGAAAUUGUUUUUUUUUUCUACGGAACACUACGGAAACUAGUUUACCUGGUGAGCAAAAAAAAAAGGUCUUCUCUAAUACGCUCCUUGCUUGAUUGACACCGCUAGAGUUUCCGGGAAAAAUGUCAAUCUACGGAAAUAACACUACAACUACCGGGCAUCAUUGAACAGUAUCGAACCGACUUGCACUCGGUGCGGUUCGAUAAUGCUGUAGAGAAGGUUGCUUGUGCAUUUUUAAUGUCAUCAUGAUCGGUUGUGUCUAAUACACAACCCUGUAGUUUUGUUCGAGUACUAUUAUGACACGCUUACUAAUUCUGAUAGACUAUCCGAGCCACAGAGAUCAAUUUUGUACGUUAAUUAUAUGACCUGUUCAUUCUACCAUUGGUUGUGUUGUUGGUAACGUAGAACCUAAUAUAUUUUUGCCAUUAAGUAAAACUUGUCCACGCGCGAAAAAAAUAUAAGAAAGCAUUUUUUGUCAAAAAAAAUCGAAUAAAGUCAGUGCCCCAUAUUGGUUUCCGGGAGUAGAGGGAAUCUUCGAUCGACGGAAACCUUCAAUGUCAGCCUGAAACAGAAGGUUAGAGUUAAAACAGAACUCAAGCAUAUUGCACGAUCCA